UUUCGGUACGGAGGGAGUACUUAGUACACGGAUUUACGUUAGUACAUGUCGAUCAUGCUUAUAGUGAAUGUUGGAACGGAACACGUGUUGCUCCUGAAUAGUUUGAGUGCAAGUCCACAUCUAGAUUAAGAAAGGAGGGCCUGUUUGUGGGUUAAGUUGACUCUCUGUGCUGUUGGUGCUCAAGUACAGUUGCAUUUGAUCGUUUACCCACGUUGACAGCCUCUCAAUUAUAUACCUUAAAUUGUUUGUCCAACCGAUAUUUUGCAGGACAAGUUUCUUUUUUCGUCAUCUUUUAAUCACCUCUUCUUCAAAUGAUGGCACAUGUAUGUAUAUUCAACAAAAGAAGCCCCUUUCCAACUUGCAGCAUGGGACAUGGUUUCUCUUCAAGAUCACAAAUUAGGGUCUUGUAACACAUGUCAAAUGAUAAUCAAGUUUUUCACCUUACCAACGCUAUAGUCGAGUUCAGUUCUGUUAAUAUAAACAUACCAGACUUGUUUCCCUAACUGCCAUCUCUCGGUUGUUGCUUAUUUUUCAUUUUGCUAUGAACAAGCAACUUACUUAGUGCACCGUUUAAUUUCUGCAUGUAUUGUAUUUUUACUUUUUUAGUGAUAUGUGGUAGACUGCGCGCUAAUGUUGGCUCAUUGGCUUCUGCAAAUGCUAAGACAGUUUAAUCUGGAUUCUGAAGCAAUGAGUACCUGUAAAAAGGCCAGGGCGGAAGCUACAUCAGUUCUGAGUACAGACAGACUUAGCAGUCUACCUCCAGAGAUAAAGGGUGACAUCCUCUCCCGUUUGAAUGCCGAAGAAGCGGUUAGGACUAGCACCUUAUCAAGUACUUGGAGGGAUGCAUGGACUGAUAUGCCAGUAAUAUCUCUGUGUGAUGGAAAUCUUACAAGAACCAAGUUCGUUACGUUAGUCGAUAUGGUGCUAUUACUCCACAAGGGAACAAUAGAGGAGUUUGAUAUUUCAGGUAGCAAAAAUUACCAUGAUGAGUUCGGUAGGUGGAUGAUCAUGCUGUCAAGGAAAUCACCAAAAUCAGUUAUAAUCAAGUUGAACUCGGGGCCAAGGUAUAAGAUUCCCUCGUGCCUCUUUUCUAUUGGUGAUCUGGAGUAUCUGCACCUAGAAAACUGCAUCAUCAGCUUGCCUCGGGCAUUCCAAGGUUUCAAGAGCCUAACUGACCUCACCCUGAAAAUCUUCUCCUCCACAGACAAGGAUAUCCAAAAUCUGAUCUUGUUCUGCCCCGCACUGACUGAUUUGAUAUUAGAUUCUUUUGAGGGCAUCAACCGUCUAAACAUUAAGGCUCCUAAACUGGAUUAUCUUUAUGUUGAAGGGGAUUUUGAGGACAUUAAGUUGGACGCACCUAAUCUGGAGGUGGCCUUUCUCUCUCUUGAUAACAAAGGUAAAGCAUAUCAAUCUGUUCCAAUUGCGCAUGACAAGGAAAGCUAUGUCAAGCAGUCAUUGGGAAGCCUAAGUGUCAUUGAAACACUUACAAUCAGUGGUUUUUUCCUGAAGUAUCUAUCAAAAGGAUGCAUACAUACGAAGCUCCCUGCCGUGUUUACUCACCUGAAGAGUGUUUGUCUUAUGAUAUGCUUGUGGGACCAGAGGCAAGUCUUGACUGCAUGUUCGCUGUUUCAGAACGCCCCUAACUUAAAGAAGCUUGAUAUAUGGAGUUUUCCUUGGAGCAUCCUUGGUCAGGAUGAGGAUCAGGUCGGCAUCCAAGGACUUAACCUGCAAUUGAAAAUGGACCAUCUCGUAAUGGCCAGUGUGAACCAUUUUGGGGGCCUGGACUACGAAGUUGAUUUUGUGGCAAAGCUACUAAGCUGGGCACCAGGUUUAGAAGAACUGAAGAUAGACUGGAAGGGUGAAAAGGACUGUAGCAUGUCUCUUGCCAAGCUAUUAGCUCUGCCGAGGGCGUCUACCAGGGCCAAGGUCAUUGUCACAUUUUGAUAAGCUUGCUCCCGCAACCGUUUGCCGAUGUAAUUUGCUGCUGGGUAGAACUAUCUUGGCUUUGUUUAUGUGAAUGUACCAUCUAGGACUAGCAUGCAGUACAUUUUGUUGAGGAAAUUCGGUGGGAAUAC